AUGGGCUCCUCCAUCAUCACCAUCCAGCGCGACAUUAUUCUCAACAGCAUUAGGCAUGCUGGAGGCCAAGAUGUGAGUGUGUCUCUUCCUACAAAAGUUGACGACACUAACAGCCCGUCUCCUGUGCAGUGGAAAGUCCUGGUGGUGGACGACACCAGCCGGAAACUGAUCAAUGGCGCCGUCAAUGAGGAGGAAAUCCUCAACUACAACAUCUCCAAUAUCGAACAGAUCGAGCACCGCCGCCCCUCCAACCCCGACAUGGACGCGCUAUAUAUACUGUCACCGGAGAGCCACAUCGUGGAUUGCCUGAUGGCCGACUUCGAGGUGGGACGAUACAGGAAGGCUUCUUUGGUUUGGACUUCAUUUCUCGAUCCACAAGAGCGCACUCGGCUGGACCGGUCCCAGAUGGCUCGUGAUCGCAUUACAGACUUCCGCAUCAUGAACGUCCAUUUCUACCCCAGAGAAUCGCGCGUGGUGACUUUUCGGGAUCCGUGGAGCUUCCCGAUUCUGUUCCAUCCGAGCUGCAAUUCUUUGGUCCCGGGCCACCUCCGAGAUCUAGCACAAAAGGUCGUAUCGCUUUGCGCAAGUCUGGGCGAAUAUCCUGUGAUUCGGUAUUAUCGGCCGCGGACCCCGACCCACGAAGCUGCGGUUCUAUGCUCUCAUCUAGCCAAAUUCAUUCAGAGUGAGCUCGAUCAAUUUGCACAGCAUCAACGCGAUUUCCCGCCUCCGUCAUCGCGCCCUCGAGGAGUUCUCAUGGUCGUGGAUCGCUCGAUGGAUGUUUAUGCACCUCUUCUCCACGAAUUCACAUAUCAGGCCAUGGUACACGAUCUUCUGCCGAUCAAAGACGGGGACAAGGUCACCUAUAAGACCGUCAUCAACGAGGGUGGCGCGAAUGAGGAAACGAAGGAAAUGGAGAUCGGCGAGAAUGACAAAGUCUGGGUGGACUACCGUCAUGUGCACAUGAAGGAUGUGGUUGAGAGACUGGGCGAUGAUUUUCAUAAAUUUCGACGGGCCCAUCCCCAGUUUGCCGAAGAUCAAAACUCAGCUAAUGUGGACACGAUCAAGGACAUGUUGGCAGGACUGACUGAAUUUCAAGAGGGCAAGAAUGCAUACACGCUGCAUCUAAACAUGGCGGAUGAAUGUAUGAAGCUGUUCCAAGAUCGCAAGCUUCUGGAGGUGAGCUCCAUCGAGCAGUCAUUCGCUACAGGUCUCGAUGAGAACUACAAGAAGGCAAAGAAUCUGGCGGCCCAGCUUGUCCAGCUGCUAGAUGAUGAGUCGGUCCUGCACCCAGACCGACUCCGGCUUCUGCUUCUGUACAUCAUGUAUCGCGGCGGGCUGUUGGGAGGAGAUAUUCGCAAACUGAUGGCACAUGCACAGCUACCCGGGCGCGACGGGGAUGUCAUCGCCAAUCUGGACCUACUCGGUGUACGAGUGGAGAAACCUCUCCGAGAUGAGAAGCCUCCGGUGCAACCGCUUUUUAACCGCCGUGCACCAGCACCCGAUUCGGAGGAGCUCAGUUUGUCGCGGUACGAACUGGGUCUCAAGCAGCUGCUCGAAGAGCAGGUCCAGGGCACGUUGGACACCACCGUCUUCCCCUUCACCCGGCCGCACACCGAUGCCGACGGUGGGUUCGCCGCGCAAGAAAUGCUCUCACAGCAGGCGUCCCUGCGCAGUGCCAAACCUACCUGGGCGCGCACUCGGACCGCUGAGCAGCCUCGCCAACGCAUCAUUGUCUUCAUGGCCGGCGGAGCCACCUAUGCCGAGUCUCGCGCCUGUUACGAAGUCUCUCAGAACCACGGCCGCGACAUCUUCCUGGCCACAACACACAUGUUGACCCCAGGCUUGUUCAUGAGGCAGGUUGGCGACCUCAGCGUCGACAGGCGCCAGCUUGAUAUCCCCGCGGAUCGGCCCAAGCCCGCGGCCCCGGCGCAUCUAUUCGAGCGCGAAAAGCCCGCGGCCCCUGCUCCCCCGCCGCAGAAAAAGAAGCCAGUGUCUACAAAGCACCUCAACCCUCCCGCACCGCCGGAGGCGUUGAUGGUCAACAUGUCCCUCAAUGCAAAUGGGUCGGGCAGCACACCACCGGCGGGCGGCAAGCCAUACAAGAAGGAGAAGGAGAAGAAGGACAAGGAAAAGAAGUACCGAUUUUUCAAGUAA